AUGGUAAUUCAUUUUAUGGCUGAUGACGAUUUUUAUAGAAAAAAAGGAAUUGUGAUUGGCACGAUAUGGCUCGUGUCAUCGGAGCAGAGAUGGGAUAAGGCAAGGAGGCGUCAAAUUGUUAUAAUUCGAUGUAGUGGAAAGGAAACAACUCAAUUAUGGAUCGUUGAAUCAAUUGUUUCGUCGUAUUUAGAAGGGUUUGUGCUAUUCUUAUCUUCUAAAUAA